GUAACGAAAAAUUCUCGCCACAUUAGCCGAAAAACCUGCCGCAUAAAUAAGGAUUAUACCGGCAGAACGUCAUUGGGGCAGAGAGUGAUUGGAUACACAUGUGUUAGCGGGCGAAUGCCGGAGUCUGGACUGGAGAGCUCUAGCCAUUGGCGAACUUGGCCAGAACGAACAUAGUUAACGUGGAAAGGAGAGCACACAAGCGAAUCGUCGACGACGACGACGACGAGUGGCGAAGAAAGCCAGAAGACAGCGAGCAGCGUGUAAUGAGCAGACGACGGCCAAUUACCAUGUCGUUGGCCCAGGCUAUGGGCCUGUUCCUGGUCCUGGCGGUGGCCACUCUGCAAUUGGCCCAGGGACUGGCCAACUGCCCGAAUGGCUGCGAAUGCGACGACGACACUUUGAUGGUGAACUGCGGCGAGGGCACUCUGGAUGUCCUGCCCAUCGCCCUGAAUCCCGCCAUCCAGCGACUGGUGAUCAAGAACAACAAGCUGAAGACCAUCGACUCGUCCAUGCAGUUCUAUGCGCAGCUCACCUUCCUCGAUCUGUCGUUUAACGACAUGGUCACCAUCCCGGAACGAUCGUUUGCGUAUCACGCCAAAUUGCAGGAGCUGCACCUCGAUCACAACAAAAUUGGCCAGGUGUCGAACAGGACCUUUCUGGGCCUGUCCACCAUCAGUGUGCUGAAUCUGAGGGGCAACUUGAUUGCCGAACUGGAGUACCGCACCUUCUCGCCCAUGGGCAAGCUGGCGGAGCUGAAUCUCGGCCAGAAUCGCAUCAGUCACAUUGAUCCACAUGCCCUGGAUGGACUCGUAAACCUAAGGGUGCUCUAUCUGGAUGAUAAUACCCUAACCACAGUGCCGGGGGAGAUAACGUUCCAGGCACUGCCCACCCUGGCGGAGCUCUACCUGGGCACCAACUCGUUCAUGACCAUUCCGGGCGGAGCCUUCGAGGAUCUGAAGGGACUGACCCGGCUGGACCUGCGUGGAGCUGGCCUGCACAACGUCUCGGGGGAGGCGUUCAAGGGUCUGGAGGCCCUGCGCUACCUGGAUCUGUCGGACAAUCGCCUGGCUGCGAUUCCCACAGCAGCACUGCAGCGCUUGGGACGUCUGGAGCAGCUGAACAUUGGCCAGAACGACUUCGAGGUCAUCGCCAUGGGUGCCUUUGCGGGUCUGCGCGAGCUGAGGCACCUGGAGCUGACCGGUGCCCAGCGGUUGAGGCGCGUGGAGAGCGGCGCCUUCGGGGCAAAUGCCAAUCUGGAGCACCUGAAUCUGUCCAGCAACAAGCAGUUGAGUGAACUGCCCGCCAUCGCCCUGGGUGGCCUGCCCCACUUGAGCACUGUGGUGCUGAAGGCCAAUCAGCUGAGCAGCUUGGACGAGGGUCUAGUGCCGUGGGCCGAUCUGCAAACCCUGGAUCUCUCGGAGAAUCCGUUCGAGUGCGAUUGCCGGCUGUUGUGGCUGCGUCACCUGCUGGUCAGCAGGAAUGCGAGUGGUCAGUACGCCCCAGUGGUGUGUGCCUAUCCAACGGCUCUGCGGGACUUGCCACUGGCCCAGUUGGCCGAGCCCCUCUUGGGCUGUGCCCAUGGAGCGGCCAGCAAGCAGGCCAUCAUCGGCAUCCUGGUGGUGGCCUGUGCCGCUCUGAUCACCACCUUAGCCCUGGUGCUGUACACCUGUCGCCGUCGGAUUAGGGAGAUGCUGAAGGGGCACUCAGCGCUGGGCAGGAAGGAGCGUGAGUACCAGAAGACCUUCUCCGACGAGGAGUACAUGGCCAGGCCGCCGCCCGGUUGUGGAGGCGUUCACCCGGCAGCCGGCGGAUAUCCCUAUAUGGGCGGCAGCAAUAGGCCGAUACCGGUCACCGAACUAUAGCUAGAAGCACCACCCCCGCCUCAGUUGCGGGGUCGGGGUGGUGGUGGUGUUGCAAGCACGGCCAGCGGGGCUGUGCCGCAGCUGCAGGUGCCCAGUGCCGUGGACCAGGCCUCCAACUCCUUCGCCCAGCUCAGCCACAUCCACUACAUGACGAACAAUGGCCAACAGCAGACGCAGCAGCCGCAGCAGCAGCCGGCUACCUCGAAGAUGCACCACUCGCAGCAGGACAUGCGACUAUUGACCUGCAACGGCGGUAAGCCACUGAAUGCUACCUCGCUGCCGCGCCACCGAUCGCCGGUGGUGCAGGAGAGCACCCUGUCGCACUACAGCCAGCCACUUGCCAAUGGCAUCCGUUUGACCCAGGACCACUUCAACCACAACCAGAACCAGAGCCAGAGCCACCACAAUCACCACUAUGGCGGAGUCUAUGCCAAGCCAUGCGAUGCGAUGUCUGAGCCGGGAUAUAUACACAACAACUCACACUAUUCGCUGCCGCUGGAUCAUGACUUGCCGCCCAGUCCAACGCCCACUCCGCCGCCCCCCGCCCUGCCGCUGAGGAAUGGAGUGGGCAUGGCGCUUAUCCAUGGCAACACCACCGGACGCAGAUCCUUCAACACCAACAACAACAACAACAAUGUGUCCACCCUGUCGAACAACAAUCAUCAUGGGGGCGUAGGCGUUGUGGGCGUGGCAGUGGGCAACAACAACGGGAGCCUGAGGCGGUACCACUGAUAUCCGGCCAAGACGUGCGGCACUUUGGGCCGCACCAUCAUCAAAACCAGACCGGAUCCGGAUAUCGAGCUGCAUUACUUCUACAAGGGUUAAGUCAAUGAGGAAGUUAGCGAAGGAGCAGGGGUUCAUUCUAAUUUAAUCAGGCCUGCCUUGGUUUUUGCUUUUGGAAAGAGUUGUUGCUAUUUGACAUUAAUCAAGGAAACACACUCUUUGCAAAAACGAAAAUCAGAGCAAUCCUGAAUAUUCAUACUCUAGUUGUAUAUUCCUACGUUACGUGUAUUCAAGCGAAAGCAUUUUGUAUAAAUUAGGAUUUAGUUCGGGAGGUUGUCGAGCGGGAAAAGCGCAGGAAAAACGCAGGUGUAUAUAAGGAAAUCUUGCGCACAAUUUGGCAGGCACUGUGGGUUGGUCAAGUGCUAAACUAAAAUGCAGUCGACCAGCCUGCUGCACGGCCAUUUCAUUUGCAUACCAGUGAUCUUAAAUAUUAGGUUAAGCUUAAAAGCGUUUCAAUUCUUGUACAUAUUUAGAAGCUUCUUUUUAGGCGCGACCACAAAUAUCUAUAAAACUUCAAAACCACACAAAAAAAAAAAAAAAAAAAACUAAGCAAACAAUUAAUUUUACUUUAUUAAAAAACAAAUAAGCUAAGCGCUUAAGCACCAGUCAUUAAAACUAUGUAUGUAUUUAGCCUAACGCUUUCACAAAAAUAUUCCAAUAAUAAAUAAAAGGACUAAAACAAAAACGAAAUAAAUAUGCAAGAACUUAAAUAGAACACAACAGAUUUUUAUAGUUAAUAGACUCAGUAAAGAAUAAACUACUCAUCGGAAUAAUAAACAAAGAAGAUGUUUACACAGUGUAAAAUGCAAAUACUAUUGAAAACUCCGCAAUAUUCAUAUAGAAUCUACGCCGCAUUCACAAAUAUGAAUAAGCAAUUUAUGCAAUAUAAACAAAUACAAAGUAAAUCUAUAUAUACGAAUUAUACGUGUAAAUAAAAAAAAAGUAACUAUGCUCGAAAAAAAAACAUACAUUUCACAUUGUUUUCAUUGUGUGUGUUUAUCAUUUUUCCAGCCUUGGCUGAGGACUUUUAUUUCAGCACUUGAUUUGAUUUUCUUUUUUCACUGCAACGAGUCGGCCACACUUUGAUCGAUUGUACAUAUUUAACAAUUUAAUGGAACAAAUUGCAAAACCAAUACAAGGGAGUUAAAAGUAACUUACAAAUAAAUGAAAAAACAAAGAUUACCAUAUGUAAUUGAAAACUUAUUCAAACGCAAAUUUCAUAUUCAUAUUUCAUAGCGAACCAGAUCUUUCAUCUAGCUAUACGACAACACAACUAUAAAUAAAUUAAAUCAAUUCGAACUACAAUUUAAGCAAAUUACAAGGGACAAGCAUAGUUAAACAAACGAAACCAUAUGAAAUGGUAUAAGCAUAUAAACAAGACAUAGAGUUUAGCCUAAAACAAACCAAAUUUGUGGAUCAGCAUCUAAUCGUAUCAUUAAAACAAGAAGUGAAGCAAGAUGAAGUCAUGCAAGGAAUUCUCUCGAUGUAAUGGAUAACCGCAAAUGCGCAGAAAAUGGAAAAUUCAACAGUGUUCAAGAACUAGAGGAUAAAAUCAAAUAAAGAACAAACUUAACAAUAAA